AGCAGCUGGCUAACAGUUUGGGAGAGCUGCUGGAGGAGAAGAAAUGGUGUUCUUGGGCCUUUUCUUGGCUCUUGCUGGCUUUCUGGCCGCUGCUCAAGCUGCAACGCUUGGGGUAGUGCAUACAGAAGGAGGAUUCGUAGAAGGAUCAACCAAGAAAGUUGGCAUUUUAAAUCCAGUUUAUCUGGAUAUUUUCAAGGGGAUCCCAUUUGCUGCUCCUACAAAAGUCCUAGAGAAGCCUGAGAAGCAUCCAGGAUGGUCAGGUACGCUGAAAACGACGGAUUACCAAAAACGUUGUAUUCAGGCAACUCUGCUCCAGACUCAUACAAUGGGAGAUUUGGACUGUCUCUACCUGAAUAUCUGGGUUCCUCAGUCUCGUAAAGCAGUGUCUACAAAUCUCCCUGUUAUGGUCUGGAUUUAUGGAGGAGGGUUUCUGCUUGGAGGAGGACAAGGAGCUAGUUUUCUCGACAAUUAUCUGUAUGAUGGAGAAGAGCUGGCAGUCCGAGGCAAUGUUAUUGUGGUGACCUUUAACUAUCGAGUGGGACCACUAGGAUUUCUGAGCACGGGAGAUGCCAACGCUCCAGGAAACUACGGCCUGUGGGAUCAGCAUUUCGCCAUUGCUUGGGUGAAGAGGAACAUUGUGGCUUUUGGAGGCGACCCCAACAACAUCACCGUUUUUGGAGAGUCAGCUGGAGGUGCCAGUGUGUCUCUGCAGACUCUGACUCCAUACAACGUAGGACUGAUCAAACGUGCUAUCACCCAGAGUGGAGUGGGAACGUGUCCAUGGGCUAUUCAGCACGAUCCCCUGGUGUCGGCAAAAAAGGUUGCAGAAGGUGUUGGUUGUCCUGUUAACGAAACAAAGGCCCUUGCUGACUGCUUGCGUAAGACGGACCCCAGAGCCAUCACUCUGGCCUAUCAUCUGGAUUUCGCCAACCUAAAGUAUCCCCUGGUACAUUAUCUGGCUUUCUCUCCAGUCAUUGAUGGCGAUUUCCUCCCAGAUGAGCCCAGGAAUCUGUUCGGCAAUGCUGCUAAUGUGGACUAUAUGGCCGGAGUAAACAAUAUGGAUGGGCACCUAUUUGCUGGGAUUGACAUGCCAGCUAUAAACCGGCCAUUACAGAAGAUUUAUAGGGAAGAGGUGCUUAAGCUGGUCCAGGGAAUGACCCUUCCUAAAGGAUCUUCCGCGCUGGAUAUUGCCUUUGAACUCUACACGGACCAGUGGGGAGAAAAUCCAGAUCAGGAGGUCAUGAAGAAGACCGUGGUUGACAUGGAGACGGAUUACAUCUUCCUGGUCCCAACACAGGAGGCUCUGGCUCUUCAUCAUAUGCAUGCACAGAAUGUCAAUACCUACAGCUACCUGUUUUCUCACCCAUCUCGCAUGCCCGUUUACCCAAGCUGGAUGGGUGCUGAUCACGCUGAAGACCUGCAGUAUAUGUUUGGCAAACCAUUCAAGAACACCCUUGCUUAUAGGCCACAAGACCGUGAUGUCUCCGAAGCCAUGAUUUCUUACUGGACCAACUUUGCUGCAACUGGAGAUCCCACCAAAGGAAAUUCUAAAGUCCCCACACCUUGGUUGAAUUACAACACCCAGUACGGAAUGUACCUGGAGAUCAACAAAAAAAUCACUAGUAAGUCCAUGAAACAAGACCUGAGGUCUCCUUACGUCAAGUUUUGGUGCACCACCUACCGCAAUUUGCCCAAUGCAUAAUUGUGAAACUUAAAUCUGAAAUAAAGUGCACAUUGCAAAAGCA